CACCUUCGCACUCUCGAAGAGACUAGCUGAAGCAGACAACCUGAGCUCAGACCUACGAAGAAACAGAGACAUGGCCUCUCGAGUUGCAGCUCUGCUCUUGCUGGGUGUCCUCUGCGUUGGGUUUGCAGCAGGUGAGAUCGCGAUGGACUGCUGCCUGAACGCCGUUGACAAGUUUUUGCCACUAAUUAUGAUUGCAGACUACAGCAUUCAGGAAGCCGGGAAGGGCUGUGAAAUCAGCGCCACGGCGUUCAUUACAAAGUCUGGAAGGACUCUGUGCGUCGUGCACCCCAGCGAGAGACCGUGGGUGCAAAAACACAUUGCACAUCUGGACAGCAAAAAAAGAGCCCGGAAGUAACGAGGAGCACUGAGUCUUAACUGAGUCUUAACUGACCUUCUGAAGACAGAAGCCAGAGUCAUGUCCAUCUCUGUUCAAAGUCUCAGACUGACCACGUCGUUCUGUAGACAAUCAAAACGCUUGGAGAAGAUCAGACUUGAUGACUGAGGAAUUAUUGUUUCAUCCUAUUCAUGAUGUUGUGUGAGCCUUCAUGCCAGUGACUUCAUACACAGGCUAAAUGUACAGUUUCUUUUUUUCUCUUCUUUGUAAUGACUGCAGAGUAAAAUUCAAUCCUCUGUUUUUUUUUAAUCUUUUGAGCAUCCCUGUGUGUGAAAUGUGCUGUAGGAGUAGAGAGAUUUGCCUUGACUUGCCAUGACAGUAAAACCUUGUUUGUUUCUUUUCAUAACAUUGUAAGGUGUUUGUGGGGGAAAAAAAGUGAUAACAUGUACAAAAUGUGAUUUGUGUGUCAAAAUCAUUGCAGAGAGUCACUUUAAAAUAAAGUUUGGUAUUGUUUUCUAA